AUGGAGCAAACUCUAGAUUUCAUUCUUCUUCUCGUUGCUCUCUGCUCCGUAUCUGAAUGUGUUCAGCGUCAGUAUCACUUUAUAAAUGAGAAGAAGACCUGGACUGAAGCUCAGAGAUACUGCAGAGAGAAUUACACAGAUCUGGCCACCGCUGACGACAUGAAUGACAUGAACGAGCUGAAGAAGAGUGUGAUUAAUGAACGUUUCUGGAUUGGGCUGCAGAAGACGGGUCGUAAUCAAUGGCAGUGGUCUUCAGGUGAACCUGUUCUCUAUUUGAACUGGGCAUCUGGACAACCUGAUGGCAGUGAUGAGUGCGCUGGGAUGAGAAAUGGAGAUUGGCAUGAUUUAAGAUGUAGUGAUACCUGGCAAUUCAUCUGCAACAACAUGAACACAGGACUAGUCUUUAUCAAUCAGAAGAAAAACUGGAGAGACGCUCAGAGUUACUGCAGACAGAAACACACUGAUCUGGUCAGUGUGAGAAACCAGGAUGAGAAUGAGAAGGUUAAGAAGUUCAUUAGUGAUAAUAACUCAUCUGGAUCAGAUGUCUGGAUCGGUCUGUUCAGAGACUCAUGGCAGUGGUCAGAUCAGAGUAACUCUUCAUUCAGAUACUGGAUGUCUGACGAACCUAAUAAUGUUGGAGGUGAUGAAAACUGUACAGCUGUUGAAAAGAGCGCUCAGGGACAAUGGAUUGACAUCUCUUGUAACAAAGAAUAUCCUUUUGUGUGUCAUGAAGAUAAACUGAUUGUGAUCAGAGAGAAUCUGACGUGGUCUGAAGCUCUGAGAUACUGCAGACAGAAUCAUGUGGAUCUGGUCUCGGUUCAUUCACAAGAGAUUCAGCGUCGUGUGAUGAACGUGGUACACCUGGCGUCUACUGCGGAGCUGUGGUUGGGUUUACGUCACUCCUGCACUGUGGGCGUCUGGUUCUGGGUGAAUGGAGAGACUGUGUGCUAUCAGAACUGGGCUCCAGGGAACGGCACAUCAGAGGAGGACUGUGAACACACAGUGAGAUCUGGAGCAGUUCAGUCUGGAGGAGAUCAGCGCUGGAUCAGCCGUCCUGAAACUGACAAACUCAACUUCAUCUGCAGCAGAUAUUAAGAGUGAAAGGAAACACAAACCUU